GCUUUGCGUGUGCAUUCCGUUCGCGUAUCAUUUCGGUAAUGGACGCCUUUCGCGCCUGUUUAGGAGGCCACAUCAGGCGAGAGGUCGGUGCCACUCAGUGGGGGAGCGUGGCCGGUGCAAUGUGUCCGCUCAGAGUGUCGGCGGUGACCGCAGUGCUGACGUUUGUCGCCCAGUAUUCGGCCGAUGCUGCGGCACCUCACAGUCCGCCCGUCACACCGCCCAGAACCGGCGUGUGCGGCGUCCCGCCCCGCAUUGUGUCAGAUGGACACGACAGAGGUUCUGACCGGACACAGAGCGCUGAUGUGACCGCUUGCCACCACCUGACACACUCGGCGACAAGACAGGGUGGCCAGAGGAGACACAACAGCCUGACCGAGUGUCAGUUCGCCUCUGCCGUGGCCGGCCUUGUGGAAGAGUAUGUCAGACACCUGGAUGUUGGCUACGUCAACUUCAUCUUGAGAGACCCGCCGCUGGCCCGGGCCGUGUGCCGCUCGGUCUCCUGGCACCUGCUCGCCGGCCGCCGGCGCGCCGUCCGUCUCACCUGCGGCCACGGCGCGUGGCGCUCCUCGCAGCAGAGGCGCGUCCUCCGAGGGCUGACGGUGGCCGUGCUGCUGCCCACCGGCUGGCUGAGGCAGGUCCUCUGGAACAGCGGCGGCCCCGAACGGCUGCUGGUCGUCGCCCGGGAUCCGCCCAGACCACUCCCAGAUGCGCCGGCCAACGCGGCAUGGAUGCACGCGCGCCUGGACCCGGUGGGUGGCGGCAGCCGAGACUGA